AUGAGAGAGAGGGGUGGGGGUGUUUAGCAUAGUGGGGCAUCUAGUAACAGUUUUUCUGAAAGUGAAGGAACCAUACACUCUCUAGUGCACCUGACCAACAACACCUAAAACUACACGACUCUAAAGAAACUGAGACUUGAAAAUUAAAAUGGCUAGACCAUCUGUGACCACGCAACCUCUUCCGUUUGGUCUAGAAAGGGAGAAACAUGUUGAUAUGAUCUUCAGGGCUUUCCACAGACAGAUUGGACCCACUGAUGAUACACAGGACCUCUCACAUGUGAUCCAGGCUGCAGACCCUGUGAUGGGGAAGAGAGAAAAUGGAGCCACUGGAGAGACGGAGAUAGACAAUAAGGAUAAAAGACUCGGAAAACUCUCUGUUCUGAAAACAGUCAAACGACUCCACAUUACUGCCAGACCAGAUCUGCAAGGUCCACAAUGUGUAGCCCGAAGAACAUACAGCAUCUCAUCAGAAACCAGAGAUCAGAUCUUUGUGGCUGUAGAGGAGAGCUCAUGUUUAUGUGUACAGUUCUGCGGUCCAGCUCGCUCCUGCUUAUUACAAGGCUUUGACAGGGAUUCAAAGUGCGUCUUUUUGUUUGAGAGGCCCCUCAGAGCGGAAGUGUGCUUGCUUGGAUGUUGCCUGAUGGAAAUGAGGGCCUUCACACCAGAUAGAGAAUUGAUCGGGACGGUUUAUCAAGGAUGGAGUAUGUUCACACCUUAUUUUGAGGUCUGUGACUCUGAGGGCAUCUCAACCGUAAGGAUCCAGGGUUCCUGCUGUAACACACGUUGCCUCUCUGAGCAGGAGCUCCAGGUGGUAUCAAGUAUUGGUGAGAAUAUUGGGCGGAUAUGGAAGAGGUGGCCUGGAUACAGAGAAGAAUGCAACAUGGAUCAUGAGUAUUUCGGACUCGAUGUACCUCAAGGAAUGAGUUUAAACCUCAAAGUGCUGUUGCUAGCUGCCACCUUCCUCCUGAAUCAUAUGUUUUUUGAGAUGAGCUAAAUGGAGAUGCUGUAAGACAAAACAUGCAGGGCAUGAAAGAUGGAAAUAAUUUGGAAUUUGGACAACAGAGGCAGACGCCACAUCUUUGUGAACCCAACAUUAUGAAACUACUGUGACUAACAGCAAAAUUAGGCUAUAGCAAAAGCAUAUCAUGUUGCUAUGACAACUAAAAGGAGCAUGGAUGGGUGAUGCUUUUCUGAGCUAUGGCCAACAUCUUUUAGUCAUUUGCUCUGACCUUCAGUGAAAUACUGUACAUUUAACACAAUCUUUUGUUACAACCAAAAAUAUACAAAUAUGUUUUUUAGAUGAACAGUACUUUGCAAAAGUCUUGGGUCACUAUGCUACAAUUAGAUAUGUUGUUUUUGCAAUUGUAUAGUGGUCUUUAUAAUUAUUUCUCAGUCUUUUUAUUGGAAUACAACCAGAAAAUACAGGAAAUGUGUAUGUAGUAUUAAAAACAAGAUUAAAAGUAUAAGCUAAAGUGUCAAGUAUUUAGCGUAAACUUCCCUUCCACUUGAGCAAUAGCAGGCAGCUGCAGGAUCCCUUAAACCUAAAUGAAAUUAAAUCCUAUUUUCUAAUUUUAAUCGAAUUACUUCAGGACUUCAGUCUCCUCAAAAAAGCACAAGAUCUGUUUGUGCCAAGAAAGGUCACACUAAAUACUGACUGAUGCCUGAAGAAGACAUUCAGUUCUGAAAAUUUUUUGUUUUUAAUUUUGUUUACAUAUUUCCUGUAUUUUCUGUUUUAUAUCUUAAUAAAAAGAGUGAAAAAUAAAUAUGGAUGGACAUUAAAACUUUCCUAAAACAACAAAGCUGGUGAUGCUGGCCUAAAGACUUUUGCACAGUACUGUAAAUGUUUUACUAUUUUGAUACACUGUAGACUAUAAAAAUAUGGAGUAAUAAAGGAAAAUAUUUCUUGAAGGAUGUUUGUUGAAUAAACUGGUUGUAACUUUGUGACACAGAAACUGGAAGUUUAGCAGAUCAGAAUUCUGUGACGUGCAACACCUAAAACUAUUUUAAAUAGAUUAUUUUAACAUUACGUAGCCUAUAUGCAACUUUUAGCUUUUACUUGUAUAUAUGGAACAGUUUGUUCCUUUAAUCUAUCACAUCAGGACUGCUAAAAAAUAAUUGGUGAAAUAAAAGAAAAAAUGUGAUUAAAAAUGAGUAUAUUCUUAAAAUGUUACAGGACGUGACCCUGGACCACACAACCAGUCAUGAGCAGCACAGGUAUAUUCGUAGCAAUAGACAAAAAUACAUUGUAUUGGUCAAAAUAAUAAAAAAGGUAAUCCAAAAAAAAUCAAUAGUAAGGUAAAGAUAAUGUUUCAUGAAGAUAUUUUGUAUUGCUAUAUCAAAAAAUUAUUUAUCAUUAAUACGUGUUGCUAAGGACUUCAUUUGGACAUAUUUAAAGGUCAUUUUCUUAAUAUUUUGAUAUUUUUGUGCUCAAGUCCAGAUUUUCAAAUAUUGUCCUAUCCUAACAGACAAUACAUCAAUGGAAAUCUUAUUUAUUCAGCUUUCAGAUGAUGUAUAAAUCUCAAUUUCCAUAAAUUGACACCUAUGAGUAGUUUUGUGGUGCAGGGUCACAAAUAAACUCACCCUACAAAUUCAUAUAAUUUUUAUAGUGAAAGCUUUAUGAUUUAAAUGUGAAUUAACACCUUGUGCAUGCUAUCCGAAUACUGUUAUAUGUGCCUGUGAAAUCCAGACUAAAGUCUCAAUCUAAUUAAGAGAUUUAAUUUUAGUCAUUGAUUUCAAUCUUUGACAUGGUUUAAAUCAAUUUUAAAGAUAGCAAAUUUAUAUUUUCACAGAAUGUUCUUGAAGUGGUCAAAUUAGAAAGUAUGUAUAUGAAGUUUUAGAUCGAAAUACCAUAUGAAUAAUUUAUUAUAGCAUGUUAAAAUUGCCAUUUUGUAGGUGCAAGCAAAAAUGCUGUUUUGUGGUGUCCUUUAACAUGCAAAUGAGCUGAUGAAAUGCAAACACUGAUUGCCAUAAUGGUGGUUUGUCGAAAUUGAAACUCAAUUGUGCUGUCAAUUAUUUUAAGACUUGCUACAUCACAAAACUUAAUUUUCACACGCUUGCAGAGAAUGGUUUACCAAAACUAAGUUACUGGGUUGAUCUUUUUCACAUUUUUUUUAGCACUGGGGACCCAAUUAU